CUCACCGGCGCAGACGGAAGAGCUCCCGGCUCGGCGGGGUCAGCUCUGGGUAUCGACACCACGGAGUCUCCGGUUCAACCUCCAGCUGUUUAUAGCCAGAAGCACGAGAGCUGAGGACAACUGGGGGGAACAGAGGAGCCCGAAUGAAACCAGAAGUCACUGGGAGUCUGUGGCUCCACCAUUUGUUUUGUAGAGGAAGUGAGUGCCUCGAACUGCGGAUUGAUCGAUAGUAGCUGUUUGAAACGUGUGUCAUCAUCAGAUGUAUGUGUGUGGUGGUUGUGUCGCUACCUUGUGCUCCUCCGCCGGGACUGUGUCAGAUCCAGAUCACUCCACCUUCAGCAGACUCACAGAAACACUACGUGCUGUAAACCUGCAGCGGAGGAGUUCGGUCCUCCAUUUAUAAACACAGUCCGUUCACCAUGGCGCUGGCUGGCGUGAGAGUAAUCGAGCUGGCGGGCCUGGCUCCAGCACCGUUCUGUGGCAUGAUCCUGGCCGACUUCGGGGCCAAGGUGAUCCGCGUGGACCGGACCAAGGUCGCCAUGGCACUGGACACACAGGCGAGGGGGAAGCUAUCUGUGGCCAUUGACCUGAAGACCCCGAAGGGCGUAGACCUGCUGAGGAAGCUCUGCGUCCAGUCUGAUGUGGUCCUGGAGCCCUAUCGUAAAGGUGUGAUGGAGAAGCUGGGCCUCGGGCCACAGGAGCUGCUGAAGGAAAACCCUCGUCUGAUCUACGCUCGGCUGACAGGAUAUGGACAGAGUGGCUCCUAUGCCACUGCAGCUGGGCAUGACAUCAACUACCUCGCCAUGUCAGGCCUUUUAUCCCUGCUGGGUCGCAGCGGGGAGAAGCCCUACGCUCCACUGAAUCUGUUAGCAGACUUUGCAGGCGGCGGUCUGACCUGUGCCCUGGGGAUAGUCCUGGCGCUGCUGGAGAGGACAAAGUCUGGGAAGGGACAGAUCAUCGAUGCAAGCAUGGUGGAAGGAGCUGCCUAUGUGGGUUCAUUUGUAUGGAAAUCUCGUCGUAUUGGUAUGUGGGACCGUUCUAGAGGGGAGAACAUGUUGGACAGUGGAGCGCCGUUCUAUGAUACGUACCUGACGUCAGAUGGAAAAUUCAUGGCCGUGGGUGCCAUAGAACCACAGUUCUACAGACAGCUACUUCAAGGUUUAGAGUUGGACCCUGCAGAGUUGCCCGCUCAGAUGAGCUUCAGCGAUUGGCCAGAGCUGCGACAGAUAUUCACAGAGCGUUUUGCCUCAAAGACCCAGGCGGACUGGUCCAGGAUUUUUGAUGGGACGGACGCCUGUGUGACACCUGUGUUGUCUUUCGACCAGGUGAGCUCACACCCACAUAACCAGGAAAGAGCCUCUUUCAUGAAGGACUCCGACGGGGAGGAAAGCCCCCGCCCAGCCCCCGUGCUCUCUCGGACUCCGGCGGUGCCUUGCCUCACCUCCGACCCUGUGAUCGGGGAACACACGGUCGAGGUCUUGGAGCAGUACGGCUUUACAUCAGCAGAGAUAAAGCAGAUGUUCGCAGCUGGCGUUGUCGAGUGUAAUGCUGCUAAGGCAAAGCUGUAGAGGAACAAGAACAAGUCAAACCCAGACCUGAAUAAUCUUGUAACUUAUACAAAUAAUUGAUUUGAAGGAGUCAGUUGUUCAUACUAUGCUAUGUUCAUAAAUACUUCAUACCAUUUUCACUGCUGCCUUUUCUAUCCUUUAGUGCAACUGCCGUCUUCUGAGUAAAGUACUAAAAAAAUAAAUAAAUCAUAAUUUCUGCCCAUAUC